AUGGUGAUGCAAUCAGGGUCUCCUCCAGCUUCCUGGCCAUUUCACAACCUCACCACUUCGACGAUCAACCCACUUGGAAACUAUAGCUCCAAUUUUGAUUUCCAGGUUGGUGAUUAUGGUAUGAUCCCUUCGCCGAUUAGCGAUAUUACCGACGAUUCGAUUGUCCAGUUCGGCAUGCAUACUGCUUUCGAUGCAUCGCCAGGAGUCGGGUGUGAGCUUGAGGAUUUCACCAUGGAUUUCGAAGGAUUGGAGGCCUUUUUGAAUGGUGAUGAACCUGAGAACACUUCGGAGAUGAGUGACGGGAGUUUUGCUUCGCAAAAAGCGGCGGCGGAGGCAUGGAGCCCAACGAGCACUUUGUCAAAGUCGGAAGAGUCUAAUUCUGCAGGUGCGUCUGCGACGACACGGUUGCCCUGGACCUUGCCCGCCAAAGAAAUGGAGGUUGACAACUUGCUCAGCCUCCAUCACCUGCUCAAGGCCUAUUGUGAGGCCGGGAAUCACGAGCAAAAGGAGCUCAUGGAGGUCAUCUCGACGCGCAUCGCUGAGAAAUCGAGCCCUCUGGGCGAGGCGCUGGAGCGGCUUGCCUUCUACUUGUUCCAAACUCCUGAGAACCGGAGCGAUUGCUUGACACGCGAGUCGUGCAAGAACUUUGAGGCAGCUUUCUUCGCAUUUUACCAGGCGUUUCCCUACGGAAGGUUCGCUCACUUCGCUGCAAACUCAGCCUUACUCGAGGCGAUGCCCGAUGGGGUAGAGACAAUCCAUAUCGUGGAUUUCGAUAUGGGAGAAGGUAUUCAAUGGCCACCGGUGAUCGAGGCCGUCGCGCAGAGGAACAAAACGUUGAAGCUCACAUCAUUGACUUGCGACGAAGAGCGUCGUGGUCAAGAUGCUCAAUUGAACUGGAAUUUUGACGAUACAAAGAGGCGACUUCACGAUCAUGCCCGAUCGUUUGGCGUAAAUUUGACGGUUGAUAGCAUGAACAUUGCGAAUCUAGUGAAUGAGCUGAGGAAGAGGAAUGAAGGAGACGCUAACAAAGAGUGGAUGGUCUUCAAUUGCAUGGUCGGAUUGCCCCACAUGGGAAGGACUACGACAACUAGAAGAGUGAAUGAUUUCUUUAGAGUGGCCAAGGAAUUUUUGGCCGAUCGCGCCGAUUGGUUUGCUCAUACCGCAGGGAUCAUAACUUUCGGCGAUGGAAACGGAUUCGAGAAGCUCAAGAACUGCUCGACCUUGGGGGAUUUUUUUGACAAUUUGUUAAGGCGAUACCAUUCAAUCUUAGAGUCAAUGCAGUCCGAUUUUCCUCCCCAGCUUUCAGAGUCACGAAUUGCCAUGGAGAUGCUCUUCGUCGCGCCGUUCAUCUCGUCUCUCUCGUGGCUCCACAGAUGGGGCGAAAUGAGAAAUGGCACAGACGCCCCGGUUGCGCAAGGCUUAGACCGGCUGCGAAUAGCCAGAGAGAGCGUAGUGGAAGCCCAGGAAAUGCUGAAAGGUAAGACAUCCUAUGAGGUGAAGCUUGGAGAACAAGGGAAUGAGAUGUUCCUGGAAUGGAAAGGACAUGAACUGGCCAGAUUUUCCUCCUGGGAAUAUAGACCCAAGAGAUGGUAG